AUGUUACGACGAAGGUCUGCAGGUGUUAGUAGAUCAUCAGAAUGCGGCAAUACAGUUGAAGAUCGCCGUACAGCAUCCACAAGCAAACUACGUGAUAUAUUUAAAAAUGGAGGAUCAAAUCUGGAUGAGGCUCUGGAUGAUUUCGAGAUAGCAACGAAGCUGACUCAGAAGAAUGCCGCCGUUCAACGACGUGGAGCCGACCGGUUCUAUCAAUGGGCAAGGGAUGGCGGAAAUGCUGCCAUCGAUGAUAUUGCUGGAAGGAUAAGAGAUCUAAUGCAUUUACAUGCUGAUCAACAAACAAUCCUGGCCGAUGAAGUGGCUAAUUAUGUUCAUCAUCUACGCAAGAUGAAAGAGGCGGAGGCAGAGGUACGAGAAGCUGAGAAAUAUUUGAAUACACUAUUGGAAAAGGAGAAACGUAUGGAAAAAGAAUUACACCGUCUACAACAUCCUGGUUUUUUCUCAAGGAGCAAACCGGAUGAUACAAUGUUGAUACGUAAUCAACUUAGAGAGCUGCUGCAGGUUAUUCAACAGCGUGAAAAAGCUGAACGUCAACUAGCGGAUACAAGAGCCGAAUGUGAAGUGGUUAAAAUGUAUCGUUUUCGUCAUGGAAUGAAGGGGAUUGCCGACUCAUAUGUGGACUACUCAGAACGGGCAUACAAUAUUUUUGGGUGCCAUAGGGAAAUAACUGAGUUGGUACCAGCUAUAGCUACAGAAGAUGUAAGAUAUAUGAAAUAUGAAGGUGCCGUGAUUUCGAGGGAUCGAGUUGAACAAGUUCGUAGAUCACUAGAGCCACGUGAACUUCACGUACCAUCAUCAUCCCAGCAAAUUCCAAUCUCUCAACUAUUGGGUGCAGCACAACGAAGACGACGUAGUGAACCAUUACGUAUGGGUUCCGGAUGGGAACCUAUACGACACGGUACACCUCCACCACCAUAUUCUGCAACUGCCAGUCAAUCGUUUACCUCAAGUCGUUGA